GUACAUGUGAGUCAGUGCAUCUCAUUUAAUGAGAGGUUUCUUUCCGACCAUUUUGCAGAAUCGCGAUCAGCGAAAAGGGUAUAGAAUAACGUGUACUCCGGCUGCUUUUGGCUUCAAACGAUCUGCGUAUCCAUUUGACGUCCGCUGCAAUACGACUCACAAAACACGUGAUUGUAGGGACAGAUGCAGCACAUUGAUGGCGGCGGUUUACGACAUGGGAAGCUUUACUGCAUUGUGAAAAUGAAGGUUUAGUUUGUAAUAGGAUACGGUUGCGAAGGCGAUGGUAAUUACACGUUGUGAUUACUUUCGUUACUUGUGGUUGUGAUUCACAACGACAAGUUUAUAUAUAUUGGCCAUGGCUCAAUGAUUGAGUAUUUGUACGCAUAUCACACGCACCGCAAGUUAUUGGCAGCAUGGUGCCGACCCUGUUCUCGAAUCUGAGGUAGGGAUGGUGUUCUCUGCGCUCCAAUUGAGAUACUUCGUGACCAACAUCUAUGUGGUCUUGGCUGAAGGUUAUAUUGGGACAUUCACUCGUGAUGGUACCUGCGCUCCAUUAUCUGGCGUGGAUGGAGUGGAACCUCCUACAGUAGAAACACUAUCUUAUCCUACAUGGUGUUCGGAUGGGUCUACCGGGAUGCAACCCUUCGAGAUUAGAUUUACGGAGUCGUACAUGACUUUACAGGUCUUCAGCAGUGAUUAUUUCUAUGGCUCGGAGAAUCCUGUUCUUCCCGCCACGUAUCGGAUUCACAGCUCUGACAUUAGCCUCUAUGAUGAAGAUAGCGGCUUCAAGAUCUUUCCCGAACUUUGGAGGCAAUUUCAGGUUAGUUUAUCAUGAUUUAUGGUUGACUCUAAUCAGGGGAGAUCGUUCAAAUCUCCCACACCUCAAGGUUUCGAGGUGCUGACUUCAUGCGUGAUUCGCCAGGUGACAAUCCGCUUUCUGCCUCUAUC